AUGGCAGAUAAGAAACCCACCAUAGUGGAGAAGAAUUCGGCGACUGUAGAUGCCGACGAAGAGAAGAAGAAAAAGAACCAAGAGAAAGAGAAGAAGUGGUCGAAGAUGAUAAAGUUCAAAAAGUACAUCUACCGGGUUCUGAAGCAGGUGCACCCUGACAUUGCCAUUUCUUCUAAGGCCGUGAAAAUCAUCAACACUAUCAUUACCAACAUUAUGGUGAAGAUUAUUCAUCAAUCUUCCAAGUAUAUUAAUUUACGACGUGGGAAGUCAAAAAUGCUGACUGUUAGGGAAAUUCCUGCCGCGGUUAUGGAAGUCUUUCCUCCACAAAUGGCACAACUUGCCAUCUCAGCAGCUCACAAAGCUCAAACCACUUACAAAGUCAACCAAUUGACCGAUAUAAUGGAUCGUACUAUGUCUUUGAAAUAG